CAGGAGGGUCUGGGAAUUAAUUGGAUUAGUUGGGAGAAGAUUUGCCAUCCUAGAGAAGAGGGCGGUCUUGGCUUUCGGUCGUUAAUGGUUACGAAAAAUAUUUUAGCCGGAAAAUUAGCUUGGAAAGCUUUGGAGGGUACAACUCUUUGGGCGCGUUUCGUCAGGGCCAAAUAUGGUGAGAAUUUCCAUAAUGGCCCUCCUCUUCAUUCAACUCCUCUUUGGAAGGAAGUGCAUAAACACUUCGAGACUUUGGAGAAUCAUACUUGCUGGAUUGUUGGGAAAGGUAGCGUCGAUUUCUGGCGAGAUAAAUGGAUUCAGGGGGUGACCCUCGAUGAACACAAAACCAUGACGUUCAAAGAGGCCAAAAGUAAACCGCAAGAAUGCAGGAGUUUUCUUUCCCAGGAGCAGCAACAUAUCUUCGAUUUGAUAGAGAUCAAUGAGAUGGAGGAGGAUCGCCUUAUUUUCACGAAAUCGACUUCAGGAAAUUUUACGGUGAGCGAAUACUGGGAUCUCGUUCGUCAUAAAAACCCUCGAGUGAAAUUUACAAAAAAGAUUUGGCACCCACACAUUCCGCUCAAAGUCGGGGCUUUCUUUUGGAAGCUUGCAUAUGGGGCUAUACCCGUUGAUUUGGCCCUGCAAAAACGAGGUUAUCCAUACCCAUCCAAAUGUAGGUGCUGUGAAAAACCUUCCCAAGAAAGUUUGACACACCUUUUCGCGCAAUCAGACGUCGCAAGAGGGGUUUGGAAAUAUUACGCUGAUCUGUGGCUUAAACCAUGGAUGUAUGGUUCCAUGCAACACCUGAUCAAAGCUUGGACACAUGACUUUAGGAGGGACACUCAAGAGGGUUUAAUGGCACUUGGCAUUUUAAUGAUAGGUUGUUGGGAAAUUUGGAAAAAUCGUUGUCGAGCAGUAUUUGAAGAUAUUCCGAUGAACACGGCUACAAUUAUCCGAAACAUCUUUCCUUCUCUAGUUACUUUAAACGAUAUUAUGAAGGUUAAAUUGCCAACAUCUCAGAUCGGUAGGCAAGUAAUGCAAGCUCUUCGGCUUCCACUUAAAGCUCCGUUUCUUGGUCGGGGUAUAUGGGUUAAAUGGAUCCCGCCAGAAGCUCGGUAUAUUAAAGGCAACGUGGAUGGUUCCUUGCAUGGCACUGCAUGUUCAGGGGGUGGUCUCUUUCGAACCCAUGAUGGUCAUUUCAUUCAUGGUUUCUCUCAUAUAUACGGCCCUGGUUCUCAUAUUUGGGCUGAAGCUUCAGCAAUUCUCGAUGGUUUGCAGAUGUCUACGGAAAUGGGUUUCGAUAACAUCAUUAUCGAAUCGGAUGCCAAGCUUGUGGUGGAUAUGAUUUACCAAAGAUCAGUUGUUGCGUGGGAUUUAAACUAUGUUGUUCAGGGUAUACGACGGCACCUUUCGGCGAAUCGACGAGUGGUUCAUACGCUCAGGGAAGGCAACUACCCGGCAGAUAGUUUAGCCAAAUUGGCGCAUGGGCAUCGUAUGAAGAUCAGAUAUAGAUCUAUUAGUGAACUCCCUUCCUCAAUUAAGCGGUUAAUAUUAAUGGAUAGAUUAGGUUAUCGUAAUUUUCGUAAAGGUUGCCAUAAACCAUCAAGUGGUUCUUCCGAUUUUUUAUUGCCAUUGUAGGGGUACUCUUUUUUCUUGUGUAGGCCCACAAGGUUUUAACGAGGCC